AUGGUGGAACUGACAGGAACACAAGAUUUGGAAGCAUGCGACUGGGAUCCUCCCAUUCCAGCAUGGAGGUCCGGGGUCCCCAGUCUAUUUGAAUCCACCGUCCCAGGGGGGAACAUAGAUCCGUUCGCGGUAGCGGUGCCGGUCCGCGAACAGACCAACAUCUGCGCCGACCACGGACCUGUCAGGACCACGCUCAAUCUAUUAUUCUCCGAGUUCUCCAUGCUUGCAUAUCCAAUAUAUAAUUGCGCUUUCUACGGAGUACGGAGUCAAGAAAUACCACUUAUCUACAGUACUGUGUUUUGCGUGCUCAGACGGUGCGACUGGUUAGAGUCUAUAGAGGGAAACAACGUGGGAAAUGGGAACGCCGGGUGUGCAUCGCCAACCAACUCCAUAACAACCCUCAAGCAAUCCAAGAACCAUCCGGAGUGGAAGAAAUCGAUUGCCCUUCGCCCUCGACGUGCACCUCCAGCCUACUAAAACGGAGAAUCGUAUCGGCUCAUUAAAGUAAAAGGAAACUGAAAGAGGAACUCUAUGUCUUUAAGAAAGGUAAUAGGAGGCGAAAGCAGGCAACGAUUAAGAGUUUUCGACGCCCUGGGGGGUAUGCUUCCAGGCCAUCAACUUCUUCCUCCCCAUGAACGUCGUUUUUCGAAAAGAACCUGAUGGAGCCAUGGAUUGAACGCGCAGAAAUACGUCAGUACGCUCGAACCGAUCAAGACGCCGAGAUACAAGAGCCAGGACGCGCUGUUCGGAACCAUGUUCAUACUGAACGCUGCAGUGAUGAGGUGAAGAGGUAAGAAUAGCUGUUGCACGGCUUAGUAUGCGUCUCGGUAUGAAUACU